GUACUCGAUAUGCAGAGAAAGAAAUAUGACAGAAAGGAGACGGCUGCAGUAUUUUCUCUGUAUAGAAAUGUACCACGCAGUUACUGCUGGUUUUGAAUUUUGAGUGAAACCAAUCACAGAAAACUCAUAUAUGUAAUUUGAAGGAGAAGGCUUGUCCCUCCGGUUUUUUGUUUUGGUUUGUUUCUGUCCAGCCCAGUGCAAGCGCUCUGUCUGCAGGACCUCCUCUGUCAGUUUUUUUCUGACUUUCCUAUGAGAACGGGCUCCGGUCGUCACAAAGGAGCAGAGGGAGUUCAGAGGCAAAACAGCACUUGUCUCUUUUCUGAGGAACCAGAUGACCCUCCUCAGACUGAUAAUCUAAACAGCUAUCUAGCAAUGACUGGAUCUGUGGGAGUUUGAAAUAAAUCGGGAAGAUUUCUGGAGGAAAAGUGCAAACACAGCCGGCUUUAGGAGGACAAGGAGGAGGAGGAGGCCCCCUGGUCUGAAGAGGUCAUGAGUUUGGUGGACGUGAGGCAGACAGCGGGGUCUCUGACCCUGCCUCUGUCCAGCAGCGACCCCAAGGAGCGCUACAUGAGCUGCAUGGACGACGGCGAGUACCUGCGGGACAAAAUAUCGCCGGACCUGAGGCAGGAUUUCAACAUGAUGGAGCAGAAGAAAAGGGUCACCCAGAUUCUGCACAGUCCGGUGUUUAAAGAUGAGCUGGAAGGCCUGAUUCAGGACCAGCUAACCAAAGGCCACAGCCCUUCUGGUCUCCUAGCUCUGCGGCAAAUCGCUGACCUGAUCAUGGCCAGUACUGUUGGAGGGGCGGGUCCACUGACCUCACCUAUCAGCUAUGGGAUUGUGAGUCCUGUCAACGACUUGUUCGGCACCGAGUCCCCCUCUUUUGCCAAAGGGGAGAAGCAGAGUCGCUGCAAGCUUGCAAGCCUCUACAGACUUGUUGACCUCUUCAACUGGGCUCGUUUUACAAGCGCCUACAUUACUGUUCGAGUCAGCAAAGAGCAGGAUCACAUUCUAAUCAGUCCUCGAGGUCUGUCCUUCGCCGAGGUGACGGCAGCGAAUUUGGUGAAAGUGAACAUUGUCGGCGAAGUUGUGGACCAGGGCUCUACUGAACUGGGCAUUGACCAUUUUGGGUUUGCUCCACACGCUGCCAUUUACUCGAUGCGCCCGGAUGUAAGAUGCAUCAUUCAUAUCCACACCCCCGCUACAACUGCUGUGUCCUCGAUGAAAUGUGGAAUCCUGCCCAUUUCCCAGGAGGCUUUGCUUCUGGGAGAUGUGAGCUGUUAUGGUUACCAUGGCAGCUUGGAUAAUAAAGAGGAGAUGGUGGAGUUUCAAAAAGCUUUGGGCCCGACUUCCAAGGUGAUGAUGUUGAGUAACCACGGACUGCUGGCUUUAGGGGAGACAGUAGAAGAAGCGUUUCACUAUGUGUACCACUCACAGCUAGCCUGUGAAAUCCAGGUGCAUUCCCUGAGGUGUUCAGGCAACGCUGACAACCUUACGCUCCUGGACAGACAGAAGUUCAAGCCUCUGACUCAGGGAGUGGCCGCAGCAGGGGUGGUAAUCGACAACGAAGUGAAGUGGAAAGUGGGCGAGGCCGAGUUUGAGUCGCUGCUGAGGAUGCUGGAUAACCUGGGGUAUAGAACCGGCUACGCUUACCGCAACCCCGUCGUCCGGGAAAAGCCCCGCUCUAAGAACGACGUUGAAAUCCCAGCGACGGUGUCAGCCGUGCCGUCGGACGACAGCGAGCUGGGACUGCGCAGCCCCUUCAAGUUCAUGGCCCAGAAACAGCAGAGGGAGCGCACCCGCUGGCUCAAUUCGCCCAACAGCUACUUAAAGGUUAAUGUUCCCGAGCAGUCGCCCAGCGGGGACGUCAGCCCCAGGACUAAAACCAUGUGGAUGAAGUCUUCACAGCCGGGAAACAAUGCUGGAACACCCAUAAAAAUUGAGGAUCCCAACCAGUUUGUCCCACUCAACACCAACCCUAAUGAGGUUCUGGACAAGAGGAACCGGAUAAAAGAACAACACAGAGGUGAUCAGAUGACUGCAGGACCAAAAUCUCAGUUACUAGCAGGCAUUGUGGUGGACACCAUACCAGGCCCUGCCUUCAUCGUCGAAGAUGAAGAACAGACCCGUUCACUUCCCCCAAACCCCUUCAAUGAACUCUCAGAGAAAGUCCUGCAAGAGUACAAGAGCCUGGUGGAGAGAAAGCAGCUCGGCCAAGAUGAGGAGGAUGAUGCCACUGAUGCUGAUGAGAUGACCACGUUUGAUGGCUCCACCAUCUCCCUCUCCCUCUCCCCCCUAAUGACACCAGCCAAACAAGAUGCCAUCCCGAACGGGAAGGACCACUCAGCGGAGACGGACGAGGAUCUGAGCAUCGAGGUAUCCCAGCUGAGCGUGAGUACUUCAGAUACGGGGGAAAUCUCCAUAACAACCAAGGAGAAGAGCGGGGAGGCUCAGACUCCCGAGAGCCAGACCAAGUCCCCGAAGAAAAAGAAGAACAAGUUUCGCACACCUUCAUUCCUGAAGAAGAGCAAGAAGAAGAAGGAGGAGAAGGAGAAGGAAGAAGCUUGAGUUCCGCUGUCAUUUAAGCAACGGUUUUGAUGUUCGAAGAUCAAAUUGCCUUUAUUAAAUGUGUGUUGAAGGGA